GUUCACAUCAGAUGGGUAAACGGUAACUACAACAAUGAAACAUUUUCUUGCUUCUCUGUGUCUACUGGGAACGUUUCUACAUGCCUUGGCUCCAUGCACUGUCCCAGCCUCAGAGUUCCAGCUGGAUGGAGAUUAUUUGUUAGGUGGACUUUUUGAUAUUCAUCAUGAUAGUGACCCUGUUUAUCACGACAGACCAGAAGCCAUCGACUGCUCCAGUCAACCCUUAAUUCCUUCAAGUUACCGGAGGUUUCAGUUGAUGAGAUUCUCUGUGGAGGAAAUCAAUAACUCCACCGACCUCCUGCCAAAUGUAUCUCUCGGCUAUGAGAUAUUUGACCACUGCUCAAAUACACACAAUUUUCCAGGCAUUUUCAAACUCCUUUCAGUCAACAACUUGAUCCAACCUUGGGGUGAACCACACAAGCAUCUGUCCGGAGUGAUGGCUGUGGUCGGCCCUUAUACCAGCAGUCAGGCCCUGACUGUAGCCCCACUGUUCAUGAUGGACCUCAUUCCUAUGGUCAGCUACGGAGCUUCUAGUUCUGUCUUUGCAAGAAAACAGAAUUUUCCCUCUUUCCUACGAACGUCACUUCCCAAUAAAGACGCCAUAGACAUGAUUGUUAGCAUUGUGCAGCACUUCAACUGGCGCUGGGUUGCUUUCCUUCACAUUGAUGAUAAUUACGGCAAAGAUGGCCAGGAACUGUUCAUAAAUAGGAUUCAAGACACUGAGAUCUGCCUGGCAUUCACCAAAGGCCUCAACCAAUAUACAAAUUACCCCCAAAUGUUCAAACAGAUAGAGGAACAGAGGAUAGGUGUCAUUAUUGUUUUUGCUCCUGAAUGGACUGCUGAAGCUCUCAUUGAGUCAGCAAUACAACUAAAUGUCACUAACAAGGUGUGGAUAGCAGGGGAUGGAUGGUCCUUAAACAAGAAGAUCCCCAAGAUGAAAGGAAUCAGAAAUAUUGGAACUGUACUUGGAGUGUCUCAGCCAGUAGUGACAAUACCUGGUUACAGUGACUUUAUCUAUUCUACAAAAAGCCAGACUCAUUGUGAAACUGCAGAACAAACUGGGUUUUGUAAUCAGGUUUGCAACUGCAGCAGCCUGAGUCCAGAAGAUGUCAUCGCUGCAGACCCAUCUUUUAAUUUUCCUGUUUAUUCUGCUGUCUACGCCAUCGCUCACGCCUUACACAAUGCCUUGCAAUGUGUCGCUGGCAGAUGUAAUGGCAACAUUACAGUGUACCCACACAUGGUUCUAGCAGAGCUGCAGAAGUCAAACUUUACUCUUUUAAACCAGAGUAUUCAGUUUGAUGAGCAUGGUGACCCCACAUUCGGAUCCUAUUCUAUAGUUUUCUGGAACCACAGUGGUGACGCAGAGGAGAUCGGCUUUUAUAAAUUACGCCAAUCGUUCCGUUUCUUCAUCAACAACAGCAAAAUUCAGUGGCACACAAACGGAGAAGCGCCUACUUCAUUGUGUUCCCCAGAAUGUGAUGCAGGAUUUGCAAAAAAGCAAGAUGGAAUCCACAAAUGCUGCUUCAUGUGUGAAAUCUGUCCGAAGGGAACUUAUAUCAACAGUACAGAGGACCCCUACAGCUGCAUCAACUGUAAGGAGACAGAAUGGUCUCCAGCAGGAAGUACAUCAUGCAGUCUGCGGGUGGUGGAGUACGUCCCAUUCACAGACAGCGGGGCUAUCCUGAUCAUGGUCGGAGCCUGGGCCUUGGUGGGCCUCACACUGGCUGUGUCUGUUCUCUUUGCCAUCAACUACAACACACCUGUUGUCAGAUCUGCUGGCGGACCAAUGUGCUUCCUAAUUUUAGGCUGCCUCAGUCUGUGUAGUCUUAGUGUUUUCUUUUACUUUGGUAAGCCAACAAUCUCCUUUUGUAUCUUAAGGUUCUUACCAUUUCUCUUGUUCUACACCGUUUGUCUAGCAUGUUUUGUUGUGCGCUCUUUUCAGAUUGUUUGCAUUUUCAAAUUAGCCGCAAAAUUCCCCAAAAUCCACAGUUGGUGGAUGAAAUAUCACGGACAAUGGCUGGUCAUCACUGUGGCAUUUGUUAUUCAGGCACUCUUACUUGUUAUUGGCUAUACUUAUGACCCUUCCAAGCCCUACAAUGAAACAUUUUGGUACCCAGACAAAAUCAUACUUCGUUGCGACAUUAAUCUCAAAGCAUCCUCUGCUCCUGUGGUUUUUCUUUUAUCUUUGUGCUCCCUUUGCUUUAUUUUCUCCUACAUGGGAAAAGACCUCCCUAAAAAUUACAAUGAGGCCAAAGCAAUAACCUUCUGCCUGCUCCUGCUGAUCCUCACCUGGGUCAUCUUUGCCACCCAAUACCUACUUUACCAUGGCAAGUACAUCCAAACUCUUAACGCUCUGGCAGUGCUCUUCAGUCUCUACUCCUUUCUGUUGUUUUAUUUCCUCCCAAAAUGCUACAUCAUCAUUUUUCAAUCGUACAAAAACACACAGGAGUACUUCCAAGGUCUUAUUCAGAAUUAUACCAAAACAAUCAGCCAGUAGCUGCUUCCAUUAAAUGUGUGUCUUCUGUUGUGCUUCAGGCCUUCUGAAAACAUUCAAUGAAGUGAUAAUAAUUUAGCUUUUUAGAUUAGACGGUCAAAAAAAGUACUUUAAAUCUGUGUCUAUGUGUUGUUGUAACCUAAUCAUGUUACAGGUAUUAUGAUUGGUUAUUUGGUUGUCUUACUAAGGGCUGCAUUAAAAAUUUUAAAUUCAAAUAGAGGGAGAGCGAGCUAUAGAAUGACUGAACAGAGAGAGAGCAGCGUUAGAGAGAAAAAAACAGCAAAUCUGAGAAAUAAAACUUGAUUUUCUGAUUGUCUCCCGGCGGUUACGUUCUAAAACACAGAACUAACUAAGGUGCCAAGCUGCCGGACCCCACGUUGCUCUCGUCAAACUACAGACAGUCAGACACCGAUCAUAUAGCUGCACUCACAGCACAGAGAGGAGCCGGGGGGAUCACUGGGACACAUGCCCAUAAUAACACAACCCGUCUUCAUCCGUGAAAUACGGCCGCUUUGUACUUUUGCCUCGGUAUCAGAAGUCGAGGGGGUCCGUCAAAGCGGCAGCAUUUCACCACCUGAAUGGGCCCUGCGUGCUGUUAUUGACUGGGGGGUUACACCCCCACGUGGGGCACAAAGUCUGUUUACAGACAACCAGAAGCGUCCUGAGUAAAGCAAAAUAAUAAGAAAAUAGAAAAUACAGACUGAAGGCUGCAUGGUCUCUGCAGAAACAGACUUCUAGUGGGGCAGAAGUGAUGAUUGAGAGGGAUUUUUUUGUAUCAGUCUAUACAUUGUUUUAUAGUUAAUUCUUGCAUAUUAUACUUUGAAGAUAUAAACAUGAUAGGGGCACGGUGAAGACCUGAACAAAAGUUAUAUUCACAGAGCCUUCUCUCUCAGCUAAACAGCGUCAGUAUGCAGUUAAAACCAAACAGCCAAUAGAAAAAUGGCCAAGCAUCAGGGAGAAGAAAACACUAAAUUUGUCUAAAAAAGAAGCCCAUUAUAAUUGCAAUACUUUGAUUUAUGACUAAAUACUUUCAACCAGCCUCAGCUGCUGCACAUGCUUUAAACAUACACUUUAAAAUCUUAUUAGACGAUGUAUUACUGACCAGCCUAAGGACACUCAGAGAUUAUCCACAUAAAGUUAAUUCUGGUAAACCCUGCACGGAUUUAGAUAUUUACAUGUACAGCAGUUAUAUAACAGCAAGAGUGAUUCAAUAAAAACAUAAAAUGGAA